AUACAAAUGUCAAAUUUCAAAAUAAUGUCAGGUUAGGUUAUAUAUCCAUGGAUUUUAAUUUAUUUAUGUUUACAUAAUCAAGUAUUUAUUUUGACCAAACUUACAAGGAUAGUGAUAUUAACUGCUCAAAUUGCGUUGCAGUCUUUAGUUUCAAGCCAUGUUUCCUGCUGAUCAUGUAUUUAAAGUACGUCGACUUUACAAACUUAUUCUCCGGGUACAUCGCGGAAUGCCAGCAGAGCUGCGGGUUCUAGGUGACAAUUAUGCACGGGAUGAAUUUAAACGACAUAAAAACUGCAACCCUGCAGAAGCUAGAAUUUUCCUCAAUGAAUGGACAGAUUAUGCCAUAAGCCUUGCUCAACAAAUGAAACCAUUGCAACAAGCUAAAAAAAAAGCUGUAGGCAAAUACCUUGACCCAAAGAUGCUUGACUUUAUGACUGAAGAUCAACUUAUACAAUUAUAUGAACUACACCAAGCUACAUUGACAGAUCCAAAGAAACCUGACUAACAUAAUAUUAGAUUAUUUUACUUUUAGAGACAGUAUUGUACAUUAAAUGGAAAUCUUAGAAUUAUUCUAAUAGCAAAUUAUAAAAAUAUAGACUAUUGACAUUUUAAUGAAAGAAAAUAAAAAGCUUUAUUAAAGCAUAAAGGACAUGAGUUUUGUUUAAUAGCAAUUAAUUCAAUAAUUUGAUGUACGAUUUUACAAUGAAUUUUAUGACAAAAGUAUUGAACAAUCAUGCAUUUCCAUUGGGGAAAUAUUUCAGAGAUGUUAAAUGUCUUUGAAGUUUUUUCCGCAGUGUGUACCGUAAUAUUGUGUUGUUAUCUAAAAGUAGUUUUAUAUAACUCAUUUAUAAAUAAAAAUAACUUAUUACUUAUAUACUAAGAAUUAAAUAUUUAUUUCAAUUGUA